GCUCGCCCCGCCUGCCGCCGCGGCCGAAUCCCUCGCGUGUUGCGUGACAGCUCGUGUCAUUUUGCAGUGUGGUUGCUUUGCGUUUAUCCCUUUGAUACUGAAUUUUCGGGAAUUAAUAUCUUGAAAGGCUGAACUAUGAAAUGAUGAGGAAGCUUAUCAUCAGUGGUGCACAGUGAGAAGGUCCUGCAGGUCACGGGGAAGAGCUCGGGGCGGCCCUGGGCACCGUGGAGGCGGGAAAUCCGAACACCACCAGCUGAUAGUGUUGGCGAGUGUUGUGGCGGCGGCGGCCAGGGGGACGUGUGGCCUCCAGUGACUAAUUAGGGGAGCAGGGUGGACCGCAGGACACCAUGCCGCUGUUGCACAAGCGGCCCUUCGUCAAGAAGGAGCCGCCCAACAACCUGCAGCCCACGGACAAAGUGUUCUACUGCGAGAUGACGGGCGAGGUGUUCACGCAAUACGAGGAGUUCUGGGAGCGCCUUGUGCUGUGCAACUCCAUGGUGUGGUGCUGCGAGAUGACCGGCCGGCCAAACCUGACCUACAUGGAGGCUGUGGAGAGUGAGGGCAAGGCGCGUCGCUGCCUCUCCAACAUAACUCAGCAGCUGCGACGGCCCGCGAUAUAUCUGGCCAGCCUGACACGGCGCGGCCGAUUCGUGGACAUGAACGAAGAUGUUUUUCUUUAUGUCCGUGACCGCUACUUUGUGGGCGAGGAAGUGGAGGCCAUCGUGAAGAACCACUGGUAUGACUGCAAGGUAACAAGGGUAAUUAUGCCAACACCUGAGGAAGUGGAGCAAUACCUCAAGGACCAGGAAGAUACUGAUGAAGAGAUGGAGGAAGAAGACAACAAGAAGAGAGAGGAGCCAGAAGGGGACGAUGAUGUGAUGGUGAUCAAGGAAGUAAAGGCAGAGAAGACAGAUGACAAUGAAGUGGAGGUGCUAGAAGUAAAUACAAAGGAAAAAACUGAGAAUAAAGACAAGAAGAAGGUGGAGGAGGAAAAUUACCCUCCAUUUGCCACCUUCAAGUAUGAAGUGAUUGAGUUGGAGCCGUGGGACUACAAGGAGAGGAAGACACACAUUGUGAGCUGGGAACAGAUUCGCCGCAACAAAGGUGUCUUCACGAGGGAAAAGUGCAAGUUGUUCCUGAAGCAAAAUCUCCAACUGUCCUCCUCAGGGUUCUGGGCUGUCAAGGAGAGGACGGCAUCCCAAUACAACCUGUCAGACAUGAAGUUCUCUGACAUUUUUCCGGGCCCCCCACCCAAGUUCAGGGAGACGCGGGCCAAGAAGAUGCCUGUGAGCCUGAACCCAGACCGGGCAGCUGAGCGGAAGAGGGACAAGAAGGAGGUCAGGGAGAAGGGUGAGGGAGGGGGUGAGAACAAAAGGAGAGGACGACCGCCUCUUACUGAAGAGCAGAAGGAAGCCAAGAAGAAAAUGCUUAAGGAGGCAAAGGAAGAAAUGACUGCUGAAAUGAGAGAAAAGUUAAAACUGAAGAUGGAGAAGGAAAAGGAGGAGAGGCAAAAGGAAAAGGAGGAGAGACAGAAGGAAAGGGAGAAGGAGAGGGAGAUCAAAAAGGAGGAGAAGAGGAUCAAACUCCAGUACAUUAAAGAAUGGCACAGAGUGAGAGACGACCUUGACUGUGAUGACCAUAAGGACCUGCCUCAACCCACCCCGGUGAUCUGUGGCAUCCCAGACCAAGAGUUCAGUCAGUUCAUGACGGUGCUGGAAUUUGUCAACAUUUUCUGGGAGGUGCUGGAGCUGAAGGAUGUUUAUCCUCAGGGCAUCACCUUUGAAAUGCUGGAAUCUGCCCUUGUGGAGAAGGAAGUGGCUGGCGUGUACAGCGACCUUCUGCAGCUGUUGCUCCAGGCGCUGUUUACACUGCAAGAAGGAGAGGAUGACGAGGUGAAGGAAGACGCCACACAGGAUGUGGGCCUUGACACUGAGGCGGGCGACCUCAGCGUGGAGGAGGCGGUGCGAGUAGCCAACCGCACCACCACCUGGACACAGCUCCACCACGGCCAGCCAUUGCAGAAGCUCCAGCUGGAUGCACUCACCCUCACGGAGGUGUUGAGGUUGCACCUCCUGGCCUCCGGGGCAACCACAGGGGCCAAUGCACGAUGGAGACACUUCAACCGUGGCGGCUACAAGCACCGUGACGACCCUGGCCUGCAUUUCAAACUUGAAGAGCCGGCACUGCUCAAGAAAUUGGCGCACACCACGGUGUUUGACCUUCCCAUUGGAGACAAGCUGAAGGUCCUGAACACGCUGAUAGGCCAGAUCCUCACCUACGCCUCUUUGCGGGACACCAUCGACGACAGCAUUGAGGAGCUGAAGAAAGUCAAGAACCUUCUCCGAGUGCACCAACAGACAGCGGGAAGGCAUGAAAAGGAGAUCCAGGCAGCAAAGCUGCAGGAGAAGCGUGACCAGAGGCAGAAGGAGCAAGAAAAACUAUUGAAGGCUGCUGAGAAGAAGGCCAAGCAGGGUGAGGAGGGAAGUCAGGAGGAAGUGAAGAAGGAAGACGAGGAGGAGGAUGGCGAGGAAGCGGAGGAAGAAGAGGAAGAGGAGGAGGAGACGGAGGAGGGAGAGGCAGAAAAGGCAGCUCGCUUGGAGAAGGAAGCCAAGAGUAACGAGGCUCGUCGGCAGGAAUUCCGGCGUCGCGAGGCAGAACUUGUACAGAAGGUGCUGGAGGCUGGGCGUGGGGUCAGCACUGUCCCGCUGGGUCAGGACCGAGCGUUUCGUCGAUACUGGGUGUUCAACAGUCUGCCCGGGCUGUUUGUGGAGGACUAUGAGCCCAAUCCUGGAUCAUGCCGCACUACCCCCACCCCCCAACACUCUAACUCCUUAGCCAGGAUAAUGGAAGGGCAUGAGGAGGCCAUCAGGGCACAGGCCUGCCACAACCUGUAUCCUCCUCGCCCUGAGGAUGCUGCCCCGCCUUCCAGCAACAAGGAGAAUGAUGGUCCUGCUCCUCCCCGACUCCCACCCCCAACCUACCCUGCCAGCCGGCCGCUGCUCCUGGCUAAUGGGGCUCAGGCCAGUCCCAAGGCAGAAGCCAAGGCUGAGGAGAAGGAGUCAGAGAUGGAGGUGGGGGUGCAGCCAGUGUUUGGCCUCUGUUCAGCCAACCCGGAGACCUGCCCUGUCCACUCUUCUUCCACAACCCGCCACCGCUGGUACUUCUUCCACAAGCCUGAGCAGCUGGCUCCUCUUCUGGCCGGCCUCAACCCCAGGGGCAAUAGGGAAUGUCGCCUGCGAUCUUCACUCAACACCCUCAACACCAGCCUGCAGACCUCCCUCAAGGCCUGCCCAGUCAGCCGCCUCAACCCCAGCCUCAGUGCCCUGCAGGAGAUGGAAGGCGACAGUGGGGUACGUAAGUCCCAGCGCCAUGGUGCUGCCGCUGCUGCUGCCAAGAAGGACACCAACCUGAGCUUCCCCCUGGGCACCCCAGUACAGGAGGUACUCAAGGUGACCCUGACGGACAUGAUCCUGGAGACGGAGGAGAAGGUUCACCUGGGAAUGCUUGGCAACAUGACGCACCCCUUGGGGAGGGAUGAGUGGAGGGACGCACUGGUGUCUGGCACCCUGCCCACCCCACACACCAUUGAUUAUGGGGGGAAGAAGCACAUUGAUCAGCUCAAGGCUGAGUUAGGUCAAGAACCUGGAGAACCUUUGAAGGCUGAGGAGGAGGAGGACAACGGGGUAUUGGAGGAAGUGAAGCAACUCCGUCAUGCCAUCCUCCACCUGUCCAGGGCUGUUGACUCCAAGUACUUGCAGCCUCCCCUGGGUGAGACUGAGAAGGUGAGGAAAGCUCGGGAGAGGGCAGAAGAAGCCUACUUAAAGCGCCACCGGAAGGAUGAUGAGUCUGGCUCAGACAAAGGAGAGGAAGAGGAAGAAGAGGAGGAGGAGGAAGAGAUAGAAGAGAAGAAGAAUCUAUCAUGCUUCUUAACACCCUUGGAGCGCUGGGAAGCCUCCUUGAUGGCCUCCACCAACCUGCCUCAGCUGUGUCUCCACUUUGCCACACUGGACAACUCUAUUAGCUGGGCACACUCAGCAGCCAACAUUCGGUGCCGAGUGUGUCGCCGCAAGAAUGACCCCGAGAGCAUCCUGCUGUGUGAUGGCUGCAACAAGGGUACUCAUCUCCAGUGCCUCAAGCCAAAGCUUAAGGAGGUGCCUGCUGGGGACUGGUACUGUGACCGCUGCCGACCCAAGGAGCGUCCCAAGAGUCCUCGCAAGAAGAGGCAAAUCUACUGUGAAGAGUCAGAUGAGGAGGAGGAGCAGCAGUAUAGUGAUGUGUGUUACGGCUGCUGUCAAGACGGCACUCUGAUCCUCUGUGAUACCUGCCCGCUGGCCUUCCACCCUGAGUGUGUGGCGCUGCGCAAGGUGCCUCGCGGUGCAUGGUCCUGCCCGGAGUGCACAGGGAAGGAAAAUUCUGAUGACAAAAAGAAGAAUAGCAAAGAUACCAGUAGAAGCAACAAGGAUGGUGGCAGCAAGAGCAAGGGCACCCCUAAGGCUGCCACUCCCAAGGCUGCUGCACCUAAAAAGACCCCCAAGAACACCACACCCAAGGGUACAACUCCCAAGAGUACUCCCAAGAGCUCCUCGACAAGGGGUCAGAAGAACAGUCCAUCACCCCCAGUCGAGACCAGGAAGAGGAGGAGCGAGGGUGACACGCCUCAGUCAGCAGCUAAAAGGAGCAAGACAGACAACAGUUCGGACUCCCCACCUCGUAGGCAGAGUGGGCGAAGGUCCCUUGUGGAUGAGUCCUGUGCCCUGAACACAGCAGCGCUCACCUCCCUGCUGGAAGAGCUGCAGCGACACCCAGACUCCUGCCACUUCAACAAGCCCGUUUCAAAGAAAUUGGCUCCCGACUACUACGAGGUGGUGAGGAAACCCAUGGACUUUGGGCGCGUGCGGGACAAGCUCAGCUCCCUCAAGUACACCUCUGAUGGGGAGUUCCUUGCCGACAUCAUGCUGAUCUUCCAGAAUUGCCAGCAAUAUAACCUGGAAGACACACCAGAGUACCGAGCAGGCUCCUUGCUGUCUGACUUGUUCAUCAGCAGGGUGUCCCAGCUGGGCCUGUCCCUGCCCCACACCUCGCCCUCCAGCACCCUCACCAUGGCAGGCAGGAGGCGGCGGCGCUAGGGUCAUAGGUGACCUAAACCAAGGCUAGAGUUGUCUUAGGGGCAGACUGGCACCCACAGGUGCACUGUAUGCCUGCUUAUUUCUGCCCUUCCCUAGCUAGGAGCUGGUAGAUACUCUCAGGGUCACAUUGCCUGCCUGUCUCCAUGGAGGAACAGGAGCUGCCAACUCACCCAUGAUUGUGGUUCAAGUCUUCAGUAUUUUUACUUCAGCCUUCUCAUGAAGCUUGAAAGCAAUGAGUGGGAUAUUUAAACCUGAUUCUUAGUUACAAUUUUAUUUAUAACAUUUUUAGUAGUUAGUUUUAUAUAAAACGAAGCUGAAAGCGCCUAGGAACAAAUUCUACGUUUUUACACAUGACUUUUGAUGUUGCUGCCCCAGCUGGCAGCUGUAUCUGUAGUAGACAGCACCAUAGGCUGUCUAGUACUCUGUAAACACUGGUGCGUGCACAUACCUGUAUCACCACCAGUACUGCUGCCAUGCAGCCACUGUACCGUACCUACUGUGAGUCACAUCACUGCCACCACAACAUUACAACCACUAUAUGCAUUACAGACAAGUUGCUAUGGUGAUGUGGGGACACCAAAUCCUGUACAAGUUAGUUCCAUAGAGAAACAGUGCCUGCUGUAGGAACAGUUUCUCUCAAACCUACUAAAGGGUGAGAACUGGUUUUGUAGUAUAUACCAUAAUUUCAACAUGAGGGAUCCAUGUGCCUCUGGUUCAAGGGGCGUGUGUUCCCGAAACACAUUUUAACAGUUAGCCGUACAUUCUAGCACAACACUCAGUCACAACACUCAGCACUCUACCAAGCCACCACACAACAUUUAGUUUCCAAUACAACCUCUACCACAGUAGUUUAGAACUACAAUUAUAUUAUUUACAGUGACUUAAAAGAAAAAUAUUUUGAAAAUAAAAGUAUUGAACACUU